AAUUGCCUAAGGAUGCUUGUUGCAUUUUACUGCCUUUUGGAAAUAGUUGAAAAGUCCAAGAGAUAGUUAGGCGAUGUAAUAAUGUAUAGUUUAUCAUGUACAAGGGAAGGAACAUUUGGGUUUGUGUAUUGGCCAAUCACACCCAAUAAAAUAUUCUCAAACGGGUGGACAGACUUGGCCCAAACGUGGUACUUCUGGAAAUAGCUUCACCCAAACGGAGACAGAAGUGACCAAACACAGAAAUGGCUUCGCCUGUCAUCUUGGUUGCUGUUUUGCUAUCAUUACAAGCUGUUGCAGCCAAUGCCUAUUACGGCAAAGUAAUAGGACAGCUGAGCACCCUAGACUACCAGGUGUCAGGAACUGUCUACGCCGUGGACGAAACCACGGUCAUGAUUCGGGGGUUCAACUACAACGGGGCUGCACCUGAUGCCUUCCUGUGGGUGGGAACCACAAACUCCCCUAGUGGCAGCGGACAGCCGCUUUACCUUGAUUCAAGUCAAACAAAACUGGGUGCAUACAAUGAUGCUGUACUGGUUGUUUCCAUGCCCACCGGCAACAAAAUCACAGAUUUCAAAUGGCUGUCCGUCUGGUGUAGGCAGGUUGGAGUCAAUUUCGGUGACGUGACCAUCCCGGCCAACUUUGAGCUGCCGGCCGCACAUGACCUGGGUGCUCUCGCGGGUGUUGCUCAUGACGUGAAUGCUGACAAGGUCAUCAUCUUAGAUGCCAACACUCUACGCUUUGAAAACUUGAUGUACGACGGCACCGGACCCGACACCUAUUUCUGGGCCGGGGAAACCCAGGUACCAGACGAGAACGGUUUUGCCCUCACGUGGAGACAAGGCAACAGUCAGAUAAUACCUCGCGCAUUCAAUGGCGAGACCAUCAUCGUCAAAAUCCCCCUGCCCCGGACUGUCUACAACAUUUCCUACGUUAGCCUGUGGUGCCACCAGGCCAGGGUAGAUUUUGGCCACCUCAAGAUCAAUGGCUCGCUGCUCAACGUGCCGGCGGUGGUCGGCAACGACGGCGAGGACUACCACGGCCCACUGAUCGGGGAGUUCCUCAGCCUGGCCCACGGGGUGGCCGGCAAAGUGUACGCGGUGGACCAAACACGGAUCAUGGUGCGGGAAUUCUCGUACGACGGAACGGCACCAGAUGCCUUUCUGUGGGUGGGGAACACCGACCUCCCAAGCCCAGUGGGGAUGCCGCUGUACCUCGAUGACAGGCGAGAGAAGUUGGGUGCGUACGAGAAUGGCGUCAUUAUUGUGGAAUUAGUAAACGGAUCAAAGAUUACAGACUUCAAAUGGCUCUCUGUUUGGUGUGUGGAGUUUGAGGUCGAUUUUGGCUACGUCAACAUCUCUGCCAAUUUGGCAUUGCCCGACAAGGCUGACCUGGGCCCUUUGCCGACCUUGGCCCACGAAGUGAAAGCUGACGCCGUCUUCGUCUUAGACUCCAAGACAUUCCUCUUCGUCAAUUUCUUCUACGAUGGCCAGGGGCCAGACACCUAUUUUUGGGUUGGAAACACUGUGGAUCCAGACGAAAAUGGCUACCCACUGAAAUGGAAGGAGGGGGACAAUCAGAUAAUCCCCGUAGGCAGGGUGUUCAGCGGGGAGAACGUGACUGCCCGUCUCGCCCCUGACAUGACCAUCUUUGACGUCACCUACGUCAGCGUCUGGUGCCAGCAGGCCAAGGUGGACUUUGGCCACGUCAAGUUCAGCCCCCAGCUGUUGAACAUUCCGCCCUUCUUGGGCAUGGGAGAAAUGUCCGAGUACCCAAACUGCGCGGUGAUGAUAGACGACGAGUUCCAGGCCAGCUGGAUGAUCAGCGGCUCCAGCAUCCAGAUCCGGCUGAGCGGGCGGGUGGGCAAGGAGCAGUACCUGGCCUUUGGGGUCAGCGGCUCCACCACCAGGACCCUGAUGGACGGCUCGGACGUGGCUGUAGUCUGGGAGAAGCAAGACGGCACAAUUGGUGUCGUCGAUUACAAUCUGCAGUCAAAGCAACAGUGCACAGUGAGAGGUAACGGGGAGUGGGUGGGAGCCUGCGAGGACACCGUCUUCAAUGGGGCAGACAACGUGGAAUUUGUGACUUAUUCCAACGUUGAUGGCAUCAGGCAUUUUACGUACACUCGACAGCUUGUCACAGGCGAUUCCCUCGACAAGGCUAUUCCCAUCGAUCAGGAGGUGUACAUCUCCUGGGCAGUUGGCUCCAUCAACUCAGGCGGCAGAGUUGCCAAGCACACCAAGGCGCCUUUCAAUGAUGUCAAGCUGAACUUCGGGAGCGCCUCGUCCUCGUGUCCCCCCUUCACGACGAGUGCGACGCCCCCGCCGGACCUACCCGGCUGGCCCAAGCAACGCAUCAAUAAUGAGCAAGAGCUACGGGUGGAGAUCGGGCAGAACGGCGGACGGCGGGGCUACGAGGCCAUCACGGGUAAAGUCGGCUGGGGUAUCGCGUGGUUUGUCAACGGCCUUCUCAUUCCGGAGAUCUACGUCGUGCGCGGUGUCAAUUACACCUUCACUGUCUUUGGGGGUGACGACCCCGUCCAGUCGGCCAGUUAUCACCCCUUUUACAUCACCAACGACACUAUCGGCGGCUACGCACAGCAGACCGAUGAAGAGAAACGGAAUGCUGUGAUAUAUGCGGGACCACACACUGGCCCUUACUGUGAAUGGAAAGCAAAGGUGCCAGGAACCUCCCCAGACCAGUACAUCAACUUCCCUGAGUUCAAGGAGAGUCUCCAGUUGGACUGCAGAGAUCCCAGUGCUGAGGGCACGACCUUUUCCUGGAUGCCGGACGACAACACGCCCGAUGUCGUCUAUUAUCAAUGUUACACCCAUCGGUUCCUAGGCUGGAAGAUUUUCGUCACCGACACUGCAGUGACCCUGGAGCCCACCACGCUGCCGACGCGCCCCGGGACCAAGGUUGGAGAGACUCUGCCGCCCAAGGUCACCCCAGACAGCGGGGCUGACCGGACAGUGGCAACAUCGCUGGCUACACUUGUCAUCAGCUUGGUCGGGUUGCUGACAUUUUACUAACACCUCAGCUUGGGUGGGAUUGGGUGGGGAUAGGUAGGAGGGUUUCUGGGUACUAAACGAACCAUCAAAAUGGGUGUGCGUAUCUGUCUCAAUCCUUGUGUGGACCUGUGCACAAAAAAGAGUCCUCAUAGUGCAGGCAGCAAGGACCUUACAUCAUGUUUAUAGGUUCACAUUGAGGCAAUUUACGAGGACUUGGGGGGGAGUUAACAGAAAACUUAAAUUAAAAGAGGAUUUUACAGUGUGAGUUAAAAAAGGGUUUCUUCGUCUGGUUUUUCCUCACUGAAAACAGCAACCUCGUCAAACAAUUCUGAAAACUGUUGUUAUUCUCACAAAUUACAGCCACCAAAUGGUGUAAAUUUUGUUGACACAAACAGAAAGUUACUAACACUCCAUAGGAGAGUUUAUUUAGGAAUCUUGGAGAGAUUCAGAGAUAGUGUUCCACACUCUUACAAGUUUUUACAUUGUCUUAAAAAAAUCAAUUGCUUAUUUUCAUUUGUUUAUCAAUGCAAUCAUAUUUGCCUAGUCUAUGAUAUGAUGUAGCUAACGUUAACUCCAGUAAUCUUAACUUAAGUGCACUGAUUGAUUCAAACUGAUCUAAGCUGAUUUUGAUCAUCUUGCAGAACCAUACUUGUUGCACUGUUUAUUAACAAUUGGAAUGACUUUUUAUUACCAAUUCAGUUUUGUCUGAAUUUAUAAUCAAUUAGUUUGUCACUUUUGUUUGUGUUAAUUUUGUUCUGUUCAUUUCGGUUGACUUGUUCUGUGGCACACAGAAUGUGCAGUCGUUUUCCUAUUGUUUUAAUGUCACAUUUUAGUUGUUAUUUUUUUUUAAUGAAAGAACGAUUAUUGUAUUGACCAGACUCCUACUUGCUCUUUCUCCGAAUCGGCUGCAUCUGGAGCGCUGGUCCUCGUUGACAGAGCUCAGCAUACGUCAUUCAUGCAAGGAAGCCGCCGACACAGACAAGAGCCCGAGAUUUUGUUGAAAAGCCCCCUUCGGUUCAGACACGCGUGAUAAAUAUGGCUCGCACCUACCAGUUUUGAGCACCCAUGGUCCCAAUCGUUUUCCAACAGACUCUCUUCCUCCCUAGCUCUAGUUGAUUUGUGGCUGUGCCUGAGUUACUUGGCUGUGGUUGGAAAGAAAGAGCAGAUAUGACCACAGAAGCCGACAGCUGUUGGCGUGGACAGGAUUUUUUUCCAAAAUGGCAAACACUUUUCCGGUGGGAGGAGGGGCAGAAACUCUCACCAGCAAGCAACUUACUGGUUUAUCAUUAGCAGAGGCAGGGAACCUCUUUGGGGGGGGGUUUGUAAUUGGUGAUUUUCAUCCCCUUUCAUCUCUUGUUCGUUCAUUUCUUUUGCAUUCUUUUCAUUUUGUUCCAUUUUAUGACUCUCUGUUUCCGGAGGGGAGCGCCGCUCUACCCCCGUGACGCCCAAGCCGGUAGCACGCUAGCAGUUACCCAUCUUCCCUAUAUAAGUGUGUGUAUUAUAAGGUUAUGAACUGGGUACCGCGUUUCACUAUAAUUAUGUUGAGUUUAUCUUGUCGGGCCUACAGUUUUGAUUGACCUGUAUUUCUGUUCAUCCAACCGUGCAUUCAGCGCCAGUCAGGUUGAUUAAUUAUAAGAGGCAACAAACAGGUGUUAUCUGUUUCCGGAGAGUGGGGACCCCCGAUAAAUAUUCCGGGGAAAACGUGCGGAAUCAGGUUUGGACUGAGUAAUUUUAGAACCAAAUCCACACAGUUACAGACCUAGGUGGGAUUCGGAUAACUUAAAAAUAAUUCCUGAGAGAAAUAUGACCCCUGGAUAAACAUGUAUUUGAUUGUUGCAAUGGGGAUGGUACUGUCUAAUUAAUUUUUUUUAAGUUACAUUAUUUUGCGUAAAGUAACGUUACACAGUAUUAGGUCCUCAGUCUUUCAAUCAAAAGCGUAACUUGGCAGCCAUGUUUAUGUACUGAAUUGUAUUAGUUGCAACACAGUUUAGUAGCAUCUUUCCUGUUUGACGCAUUUUAAGUUAUAACUUAAGGUUCAGUGGAAUUUCUAUGUUCAGUGUCCGUGAAUUUAUUUCUAUGUACUUGUGAAUUUUCAAACACGCACUUUCCGUCUUUGCUGUACCGAACGGAAGUGCACGUCACACAGAAGGAGGGAUGUGUUUUCGUGACACCUGGGAAGGGGGGAGUUUCCUUGCAGGGCGAUCUUAUGGCAGAUAAUCAAAACAGAUAUUUCAAUAAGAUCAUUGUAAGAGUCUUGCAGGUGAUAUAUAUUCCGAGGAUAAUUGCUAUUUCAAUCCUGAUUUAAUUUGUAAGAGAGAGUUACGAUGUUAUUUUGUUACAAUCCCUACUACUUUCGUAUUGAUUUUACAUGCAUUCACAUAAUGGUUGAUGACAUUUGUGAAACUGUUGAACAUAACUGCUUUUUUAAAUGCUGGUGUAAGUAAAAUAUCAGAAUUCUGUGGACCUGAU